ACAUUGCAAUUACCUACAUUGGGCAACGCCACGCACCAUAAACACUGGUUUGUUAUCAAAGCAACUUUAACACUGCCUCAGUUUAGGAGUGUGUUUGUGUGUGAGAAACCUGUUGAUAACGUGCGCGUGUGGGACCACAACGACGACGCCCUUUGUAGGUUGUGAUUGUACAAAGUGCAAGUUGGAUACGGCAUGGCUGCUGCUAAAAAAUCUAGCAACAUUUCGAAGGUUUCCCCACUACCGGCGUCCAUAAUCACAUCCAAAAUGGUAGACAAUCUGGAGUCUACAAAGGCUCGAAAAUGUGCCCUGCCCCAGAUCAAGGAACGUAGUGGUGAUUGCCUAAAUGGAUCGAAGCAAGUGGAGUACCAAUGGAAUUCACCGAGUCUGAUGAUUGUGUUUGAUAACGGCGAUAUGAACUCCGCGAUGCACCAUCUCCUCGAAUCGCUGCACAAUCCGUUUGGACCACAUUCCGUAGCUACAAUAGCCAUACAAGAAAGCAUAGUUGAUCAGUUUAUGGAGCGAGUGGUUCCACGCAUUAAGAAAUUGGACGACGAGGUAGCGCAGCACUCCGUUUAUGUAAGCACCCUGGCCAAGCUGCAAAAUCUUAAAGCUAUAACCUAUGUGGGCGAUCCGAAGUCAGUUCCUGCUGAGCUUUCGCCCACUAUAGUGAAAGAUUUUACCCAUAAAUAUUUGGGUGAUGGGCCGACUGGCGUAAUAACCUUACACACAUUUCGUACUGCCAAAGAGGCUACCCAGCUACAUCUAAGUGAGCCAGUACAGUUCAGUUCUGUCAGCAUUUGGAAUGAACACAUGUCCUGUGCCUAUGAAAUUGCCGAACGUGUGGACUGCGACACGUUCUUUAUCAACUGCGCUAAUGUGAGCCUGGAACCAAUCAAUCAGGCAUUCAAAGCGGACCGAAGCGAUGUAAAUAUCACCAAGGGCUACCACUAUGAGUCAAUUGUUAUGAAGAAACGCAAGAUAAUUGUCUUUCCGGUGGGCACAAUUUUCGCCAAUUGAAAGAAACGCACUGAGCCGAGCAUUUACAGGGACUGGAGACAGCAUCCAAGGUGCUUUAUUAGACUUUUAGAAUAUAUAGCUACCUCUUUUUAUAUACUAACAACGUUUUGUCAAUAUACGAGUAUGUUUCAUGUAAAGGGGAAAA